AUUAUCCCCAAUAUCAGAGGUUAGGGCAUUCUACGAUUUGCUCGUUUCUUUUCGGCACAGCAACAGAGGGCUUUCCGUUUCCUUUUCCGUUUCCGUUUCCGUUUCCGUUUCCAUUCCUGUCUGAUCCAUCCCCUCCAACUUGCCGGCGGUUCCCGACGUCGUUCAGGAAAGUUAUGGAUUCAAGAAGAAACAUACCAUCAGCAUAUAAUGAGCAUGAAAGGAUGAUGCGCCGUGAUCAAUUACCUCCCACACACUAUCUUUCAACAGAACCACUUGUUCCUGAACUACUAGAUCGCAAAUUGGCCACCCAGGCAGUGGAAAUAGAGCAACUUACUACAGACAAUCGUAAGCUGGCAGCUAGUUAUAUGGCCUUGAGGCAAGAACUUGCUGAUGCUAAAGUGGAAGCAGACAAAGUAAGAGAACAUAUGAGAAGCACACAGAAUGAAGGUGAUAUUCAAAUUCGCAUUUUGUUGGACAAGAUUGCAAAAACGGAUGCUGAUACCGGAGUUUGGGAUACUAUAAAGAAAGAACUUCAAGUAUAUAAUGCUGAAGCUCGGAGAUUGAUGUCAGCUAAGCUAGAGUUGUCUGUUAAACUUGAGCAGGCCACUAAGGAAUUGGAUCUCACAUAUGAAAAUAUUGAAAAAAAUCCGGCUAUGAGUUCGGAACUUGCUAGCCUGAGGCGAGAAUAUCAAAGAUUACGCAAGACUUUUGAGUAUGAAAAAUGCACAAAUGUGGAGAAAGUGGAACAAAUGAAGAUUUUGGAGAGAGACCUGAUUGGGAUAGCGGAAGAAGUGGAUAUUUUGCGUGCUGCGGUGUUGAAUGCUGAGACGAGGGCUAGCGGUGCGGUCUCAUAUAGCAGUUCGUAUAUGAACUUGGAUGGUAGAUAUCCACUUCCCUAUUAUGGUAAUGGUGGUUACUCAGACAGUUUCGGUAUAGCUCAUCCUUAUAUAGUUAAUGGAGCUCUACCAGAGGUGAUCAAUCCAUAUGACAGUGUCGCUAUAGCUCAUCCUCAUAUGGUUAAUAGAGGUCCAGCGGAGAUGAUGAAUCCAUAUCACAAUGUUGGAUUUCCAGUCGGCCCUGUUGGCGCUGCUUGGGGAGGGUUUUAUACUUUCUCACCAGCAGUUGGCGCUCCACCUUUCAGUUCUCCUCUCGUGAGUAAUAUUGUUUUUGAAGAGGUUAGUGAUCUGUCUAAUGCUUAGACGUGGAUAUCAUCAACUGCAAUAGGAUCUUGAACAAAUGUCAGUAACUUUAUGGCGUUUUUGAUCAAUGAAAUUGGAUCGAAUGUAUUUUCUGUCGUCGAAGGGCCUUCCGUAAAUGUUGUGCAACAUAAUUCUACUGAGGAAAGAAAUCCCACAAUAUAAAACCCAGUUAAAGGCUUCGGAUAUUUUGAAUGAACUCAAACCGCCAUAAUGAUCAGAAGGCUGGGGAGAUCGACAAGGACUCCCGUGAGUGCCACGAUUCACUCUUUGCCGGCAUAAUCAGAACUUAUGCUAAAGCUGGUUUGUUUGAUGAAACUUAUUCUCUGUUGGAGACAAUGGUAGAGGAAUAUGCAUUUAUCACUUUUUGUUUGUUGUGGAGAAUUGGGCAUGGUUGGGAAAUGUAGGCACAUGAAAUUGGUCGUGGAUGCCCUUUGUUCAGAGCUUGCACUACAUGUUUUCCCCAUGAAAUGGACCAUCAUUUGUGCUAUA